AUGCCAUCACCACAUCAAACGCACGACGGUAUGGGAACCAACAGAAACAGACACUGGGCGAUGCAACAUGUGACCCCGAUCGGAGUACAGAGACCUCCGGACGCUACUCAAGCCUGCACUACACACGCUGAGUGCGUGCGUGCGUGCGUGUGUGUACUGCCAGUCGCUUGUGUCCAUGCCCUGCGCAAUGACUGCAUAAUUAGCACAUGGGCUCCAUGCGGCUGCGGGCUGCCUUUGGCUGAACGCCAAUCCUGCCUUGGUGCUUGGGUCUGGGGAUUGGCUGCGGGAACGAUUUGUUGGCGACCAAGCCACCUUACUGUGCAAGAUGGCUUGAGUCUGGAUCGGCAUCCAUUCGCUGUGAAAGGUGAUCAUCUUUGGCUGACUUGUCUUUUAUGUUUUUUUUUUAACAAGGGAAAAUGCGGCGCCAAGGUCCGAAUGGUGGUCCCAUUUCAAAAUAUCCCGGCUGACAUCAUGUAUAUCGGACUAGCCGCCACGUCGAUUUUUCUGAUCGAUAGUUGCACCAUCUCAACACCACCGCCGGUUUGCCAGCCAGGUCGGACAUGUCGCGACCGGCAGCAUUCACCAGUCUUGCGUCUCUAA